AUAAAACCUAAUCACAUAAAACCAAUCACCCCAUGCACACAAACAGCGACACAAAAGAGACGAAAAUGAUCACGAAAAAACAGGACUGCGCGUCCCCAGAAGCACUGCACUUUUCCCUGAUCAAAAACAUCUACCUGGGAUACCGAAGAAGUUACCGCAACUCCCGCCCGCAAACGCUCAUCUCGCCACGGCGCAGCUUCGGUCGGAUGAAUUUUGACGGCGAGUUGGCAAUAUCUGUAUCAUUCUCGAAGGAGGACGAAGUAAUCGUGAACUAUCCGUUCAUGUACACGCUUACGACAAACCACUCAAUUUGUGUACGGCGCAACAGAUUUUUUGCGCAACAGAAGAGAUGCGCACUUCGGUUUGGUGGUGCGCAGAUAAUAAAUUGAAAAGUUUGAACUUUCUACGAAUAUUCACCAA